UAAAUAGCCCCACCUCUAGCCACCGCACAGCUGUUUGCAAGCAAAAUAUUGGCGUUCUAAUUGGUUAUUGAUCCGAUAUUAGUGCAUUAAUGGACUGCUGCGGUAACGAAGUGCGCAGCGAAAGUAUCCACAACAUGCUACAGGCCCUGGUGGACUCAAAGGUGGUCAACGUGCAGCUUUUGUCGAUUGCCGUGGGCAUUUUCUUCGUGGUCAUGCUGCUGAAAAACAAUUUUCGCAGCUUUUCUGUCACUUCUAUGGUUUUUGGAGCACUCCUCGAGGCAGUGACGUCACGUACAUUAUAUGUGUAAUAUUUUGGGUGCUAGAACGUACUCGUGCUUUUUUCGGUCUCAGGGUCAUCGUGUUAUUUCGUAGGUGUUUGCACAACAACACGCCCAACCCCAAAAAUAUAAUUGUUUUCGAAGGCCGGGUGAACUGGUUUGACUGCCCCCGAGACUUCCACGGAUCGUGCAAAAAAAAAGAAGAAAAAAAUAGAGCCCAGAAUUUGUUAAUUUCAUCAUCAGGCGACUGUGAUUCUUGGCAAGCUGUCUUGCGAUAAGAUAGGUUAUUCGAAUACUCGAAGUAAGUCCUACUUGGAACAGGCAUUCUCAUCCAAAAACUGUUGAACUUUUGCCCCAAUUGCCGGAGUAGAAGCCAUAUCCAAUCACACUCAAUUGCUAUCCACAAACGAUUCCAAUUGACCGGCGAUUGAUUGCCCAAUGUCUGCACGCACUUCCUGGUGCAGCAUUAGAAUUCAAUAGACGCCCGACUUCAGCUGGCUCCAUUCU